AUGAAGCUCCUUUUUCCUAUCUUUGCCAGCCUUAUGCUACAGUACCAGGUGAACACAGAGUACUUUGGCUUGAGAAGAUGUCUAAUGGGUUUUGGGAGAUGCAAAGACUACUGUGCCGUGGGUGAAACGGAGAUACAGAAAUGCAAGAAGAGGAAAUGUUGCAUUGGACAGAAAGUGGUUCAAAUGAUAAAAAACUACAUGCAAAAUGAAAUGUCCCACACACUUGAAGGGAACUCCCAAGAACACCUACAAGUUACCAAGAAUUCUGAUGCUUCGAUCCAAACAAAAUACCAAAUUUUAUCUCUUCUCCCCAGAACCAAAAGCAUCAGCCCUUUUGCCAACGUCCACCCCCUCCUCAUCCCAAAUGCCACCACUGUAAACUCAGCCAUCACCAACCCUACAACCUCAUGCAAGAUCACAUACACUACAAUUUCUGCCAAGAACGACACCACAGAAAGCAGAGAUUUGGCCACUGACUCCUCACCACCAGCACCACCGCCAUAG